AUGAAAUUAAGUGAAGUUGAGUGGAAGGAAAUUCAAGUGGCGUUAUCAGAAAGCUUCUUUCAAACAAUCAGUAUAAUCCCAAUUCAGCAAAUCCCAAACAUUUAUUGCGGAUCUUACAGGAAAAUUGAAACUGCAGCCAUGGCGAUGCCAAUCAAUCCAAAACCUUUCCUCAACUCGCUCACCGGAAAACCUGUCAUCAUAAAACUUAAAUGGGGGCAUGAAUACAAAGGCUUUCUUGUGUCUGUUGAUGGAUACAUGAACAUGCAGUUAGCAAACACGGAAGAAUGGGUAGAUGGAAGCAAAACAGGAUCCCUCGGAGAGGUUCUCAUCCGUUGCAACAAUGUCCUACAUAUUCGAGGAGUCCAAGAAGAUGAUGAUGAGGAAGGAGAGAUGAGAGAUUAAAUACAAGCAACCCAUUUAAUUUACACUUUAGACAUUCAUUUAUUUUUUCUUAAGAAUAUUUUUGAAUGGUUAUUCUUAAUUUUAAUUAAAUUAAACAUCUCUUCAUACAAAUUUAAUUAGUCAUGUUUUUAUCUGCUUAUUUUAAGAGUUCUUUCAUUGAUUAAAAUGAUAAGUUAGUUCAGCUAUACGAAAUCUGAAGUUUACACACAAUUGAGAAUUUUUGUGCAACUUUCACUUGGUUUCUUUAAAUUCGUAAAAAAAGCAUCAAAAAUUUGCUUAAGAUAAAAAAAACUUAAACUAAUAAAAUUUAAAUUACAUAAAAAGCGACGAAAUUGAAGAUAUAUGUAUAAAAAAAGAAUUGUUAGAAGUAAGACAAGGUUCAGCCCUUUUGAAUGCUUUGCACCAAGUCACCGUAAUAUGCCGUUAAUGCGAUCAAUUUUCGAUCGAGAAAAUUUUGUUCAAUUUCAACAGCAUUUCCAGGACCGGCAAGGAA